AUGCCUAAUGCCGACGCUAAUCCAUGCCCCAAAUUAAUGAUUCAUGCGGCGCCAACAGGUGGUUCGGUGUUGACUUACAUUCGCCGCUGUUUCAAAGUCGCCUCGGAAAGUGCGGGAAGUGUAAUUUCGGCGGUUCGCGGAAACAGUGAGCGGUGGGUUACGGUAGAAUCGGAAAGGAGGAAAAUGUCCACGACAAAGACGGAGAAACCUUGUAAGUAUACGAUAAUCAUGGGAUAUGAAUGAAAAAUACAUUGAUUUGACAAGCUAGUGUUAUGUUUCGAAACUGAUUUUGAUUUCUGCACUUCGCCACCAUCUAAUUUUCAGCUGUGAUUCCGACGACUGAAGCUUCAACUCAAAUUCAAAGUGAGACCCACACGUCUGCUCUUCCAACUCAAACUGCUGCUUCUGUCAAUGUCACCGCAGUCGAAGCACCCAAAGAGGGCAAAGACAUGAUACCAGGAAGAAAACAGUUCAACGAUUUCAUCGAGCGGAUCAAGAAUUCCCGAAACAGAUCCAAACACAGAUCCCAUUCCAAACUCUCUUUCCGAAGUCUCAGCAACUUGGUAAGUCACAGAAAUGUCACCUGUAAUUCAUAAAAAAACAUGUAAUCCCAUGUGCUAUUUUAGGUACGCCACAAACGUCGUGUGAACACCUUGCCGGAGGGAUUCGAAAAAUGGGAAGAAUCGGACAAGCGGAUGUAUUACGAGACCAGCUAUCACUUCCGACUGUUCAAGUGCGAAGAAUGGCAAUGUGCACCAAUCCAACAACGACUUUCUGCUUGGACUGUCCUUUGGGUGGGUGUAUUGUGUUUGCAAGGUAAUCAAGUUCUCUAGAAGACCCUUCGCAACCCGAAACGUCACAUGGAGCACAUAGCGGAGAUGGCUCAGUAUCGAAAGACUGUCAAGUUUUUGGCCGAGAAUCCGAUUACUCAAAUCGACUUAGAGUUCUAG